AUGGCGACUCCCAGUCGCCCUCAAUUUUUCUGUACCCGGCCUGACGGGACUUUGACCCCACUGGUAGCUGUUGAUGAGCUGCCCUCCAACGUCACCAUCCGCGGUGUCUCUCGCACCCUCAAUGCUGGAGAGACUCAGGGUAUGACCAGCUGUGGCCUGGCUACCCAGCGUUCUGAACCUUGGUCUGUCGACGGGGUUGCCAAGUCCUCUGACCGUGAGUCUGGAAAGGAAGCUUUGCCUGAUAUGCACAGCCUCUUGCUGCAGAUACUCACCAACAAAAAUGUCCCUGAGGCCAUGCGGGCAUCGGCGCAAGCCAUCCUCUUCCAGGGAGUUGACAGCCCUCGCGGGCCUGGUGGUCAAGGCACUCCUGCCAAUGGACUGUCUCCAAUUGCGCCGACCUUUUAUGCAAAGAACUCCCAGGUGGGAAAUAAGCAUACCCCGAGUUCCAAGAAAGAGUACUGUUCGUACUGGAUUCGCCACGGCGAGUGUGACUAUUCUCAGCAAGGCUGUCUUUACAAGCAUGAAAUGCCCACUGAGUUCCACAUGAUUGAGAAACUUGGUCUCCGCGAUAUCCCCCGCUGGUACCGUGAGAAGCACAACGUUCAAAGUUUUUUGCAUCCAAACCGUACACAGCUUGCCAUUGCGCCUCAGCAGCCCAUGCGAGCCUUGCCAUCCCCAGAUUCUCCCACUGAUGAGAGCUGCGCCGGCAAAAUGACCGCCAUCAACGCCAACCCAAAGCUGAACAAGUCUCCUCCCCGUGGACCAGCUAACCGUGGAGGUUACAACGGAUUUGUUAACCACAAUCAGCAUCGAGGUGGAGGCCGUACCGGCGCCCCGAAUGGACACCACAAUAACAACUGGAAAGGUACUCAUCGUGGCGGCCGCAACCGAACCAUGGGCCCUACUCGUCAUGGCAUUAACGGUGAGCGUGAAGGCGAGCGCAGCGGCGAGUGUUCCCCGGGUAUGGAAUCCGCUCCGGCUACCUACCAUUAUGGAUCUCAUGGAUAUGGCGGUAAUCAAGUUUGCACCCCGACUACCCCAGCCGCUGUUCCAGCCACGGUUCCUAUCACUGUCUCGACUACUAGUCAUGUUGCUGCUCCCAUGGCUGCACACCAAUCUCUUUUGGAUGACGGUAACUCCCUGAACCGGAAUGCAUACUGGAAGCUCAAUGAGCUGACCGAUUGUAAUCAAGAUGUGUUCGAAGAAGCCUCGAACAAGCUGGCUGAAUCCUACCACCGCAUCCAGCCCCGCCACAUGUACCAAAACAGCUCGAACCCUUCUUCUGAUGGCGGCGUCAUGCUCCCCAAGGAGCCCGCAGUGACUUACGAUCCGAACUUCAGUGCUUUCGCUCGCGUCGAAAUUCCUUCUCGCAAGCAAUCUGACUCCAGCGGCUCUCACAGUACCGUGCAGAUGAGUUAUGGACCUUCCACUCCCCAUAUUGGGGAUCUUCAACUCGCCGACAACGUGCCGCUGAACUUGGCUGACACCUGUGUCACUUGGGGUCCCAUUGGAGGUCCUAUUCUGAAGCGUACUUCGCCUCCUGUCGCGAACAUUGCGCACAUGUUUGGAUCUUACUCCAACAGCCCCCGCAGCAAUUAG